GGGCAGCUCGGGUAGAAAGAAGAGGCGGAGAGGCGCAGACGGCGGCGGUCCUGCCCGGCGUCUGCUGGGUUCCUCACCCGGAUCCUGGUCUGACUCCUCAGGACAGUGUGCUGGAACCAUGAACUCCUACCUGGAGUACGUGUCGUGCGGCGGCGGUGGGGUCGGUAGCGACGUGCUCACUUUCGCACCCAAGUUCUGCCGCGCCGACGCCCGACCCAUGGCCCUGCAGCCCGCUUUCCCGCUGAGCAGCGGCGACCGUGCGUUUGUCAGCUGCUUGCCCCUGGCCGCUGCCCGACUGACGCCUUCUCCCCCAGCCGCCCCAGCUCAGCCUCCCGCGCCGUCCCCUACUGCGCCCAGGUACGCGCCGUGCACCUUGGAGGGUGCUUACGAGCCUGGCACUGCACCUGCCGCUGCGACGGCCGGGGGCGCGGACUACGGCUUCCUGGGGCCCGGGCCCGCCUAUGACUUCCCAGGCGCUCUCGGGCGGACGGCCGACGAUGGCGGGGCGCACGUCCACUACGCCACCUCGGCGGUGUUCUCCCGUGGAGGCUCCCUUCUCCUCAGCGGACAGGUGGAUUACGCGCCCUUCAGCGAGCCUGGCGCCUUUCCCGCCUGUCUCAAAGAGCCAGCCGAUGGCCACCCUAGGGCCUUCCACUCUGCGUCCCCAGCCCAGGGCGCCUAUCCCAAGUCCGUCUCUCCUACCUCUGGCCUCCCGGCCGCCUUCAGCACGUUCGAGUGGAUGAAAGUGAAGAGGAACGCCCCUAAGAAAAGCAAACUCGCAGAGUACGGAGCCGCUAGCCCCUCCAGCGCUGUCCGCACGAAUUUCAGCACCAAACAACUGACAGAACUGGAGAAAGAGUUUCAUUUCAAUAAAUACUUAACUCGAGCCCGACGCAUCGAGAUAGCCAACUGCUUGCAGCUGAAUGACACUCAAGUCAAAAUCUGGUUUCAGAACCGCAGGAUGAAACAGAAGAAAAGGGAACGAGAAGGGCUUCUGGCCACAGCCACCUCUGUGGCCUCCCUCCAACUCCCCCUCUCAAGAACCGGAACAAGCCCCACAAAGUCUGGCAGGAGCCCGGGGAGCCCUUCUCAGGCCCAAGAGCCUUCAUGAGGUCCAGUCUUGAGUCUGAGGAGUCUUGGCCAGCAGAAGUCAUGGGGUGCCCCCACCUCUAUAUAGACUUAGAGCUCAGUUUGGGAUGGAGGCAGGUAUGGGCAAAAAUUAAUAGAGAUUUCGCUUGGGAAAGGAAAUACCUUAGUUGGCUUCUGAAUUCCAGGUGGUGUGUAUACAGAUAUUUGAUGUCUCUUAAGCAACUUGUUUGCAUCUUAUUUGUAUCUUAUCAGGGAAAAGAUGCCCAGCUGCCAGCUCAGCUCCACUGCUAUGUUGCCUAAAUUAAUCAUAUGAAAGGUUUGGGUGCAGGGUGGCAGGCCAUUCAAUUGUUGAGUUCUGUCAACCCUUUGAUGUACUCAGAAGUGCAUCUUCCUAAUGUUUUUCUAGUUUAAUUUAAAGGACAGGCUACAUAUAUUCAGCUUCUUGAAUGACCAAAGCCAGUUAGGGUCUCCUUGUUGUAGCUCAGCUGCUUCAAUGAUGAUCUUUACAUUUGCACUCCAGUUUUUUUUUUCUUUUAAAAAGCAGUUUCUACCUCUCCAUGUGCCUGAGUGAAGAUACAAUCGCUAUUUAGUUUGUAGUUGAACAAAUCUACACAGUGGGUGAAGAUUAGAACCUGAACUACACCUUGACAUCAUUUAUUCAAACUUGAAUGUAAAUAUAUACAGUAUGUAUAUUUUUUAAAAGGUUUGCUUGUGAUGAACUUCUAUUUGACAUUUAAUGUCAGCAUGU